UGCGGCGAAAAUGUUGAGCUGGUACCACGACUGGUGGCGCCGGUGGAGACAUUGCUGAGCUGAGAGCACGACGGGUGGCGCAGGUGGCGACACUGCUGCGCUGGGACCACGACAUGGGUCCCGACGACGACAAUGCUGCUGGGACCAUGAUGUGUGGCGCCGGUGACGACAAUGCUGCUGGAACCACGAAGUGUGGCGCAGGCGGUGACAAUGUUGGGCUGGUACCACGAUGUGUGGCGCAGUUGGCGACAUUGCUGCGCUGGGAUCGCGACGGGUGGUGCCGGUGGAGACAAUUCUGCACUGGGACCACGAUGUGUGGCGCCGACGGUGACAAUGCUGAGCUGAUAUCACGACGUGUGGAGCCGGUGACGACAUUGCCAGCUGAGAUCACGACGGGCGUCGCCGGUGUCGACUAGAAGCGAAUAUUCGUUAUCGAACUGCUCCCGAUGCACAUGCUCUGGCACCACUCCGGUGUGCCUGGACUGGACGACAACCACAACCUUGCUGGAUUUUUGGACAAAAUAUCCACGAGCUAUCCCCCCACCUGGUCAUGUCCACGGCACUUGUGAUCAUCUAUUCCGAUGAAUAGAUGAUCACAAUCUAUUUGAAUUGUAGUGAAGUAGGAAAGUAUUUAGGGGUUAAAUGUCAAAUACACCCCGAUUGAACAGUGA